GGGUCCUAAGCCGCGUUUGUUUGCCGCGCACACAUCAGUCUGCGUCAGGCACUUUCGCCGCCCGCGUGUUGGAGCUGCGAAAAAUUUACAACACCUGCAAAACACCGUGUGCUUUGUCGAGUGCGUGACAGAAGUGAUCCGGCGUCUCCACCCGCUCUCGUUUUCAUUCGCUUUGCAUGGCAGAGUAAUGAAGGCCCAUUGCCCUUGACACAUCUGACAAUUAGAAGUUGUGCAGUUGGAGCGGGUAAACGUUGUGCGGCCGCAUGCCAUCAAUUAACAUACAUACAAAUCAAUUCACACAGUACUUCCUACGGCUGACGCAGGCUUAAUAAUGACCACAGUAAAUUUGGUUUUGAUGAAAAGAUGCAGCUCUACCUGCUGCUGACUUUGUUGGUGGUCUGGAGAUGGUCGGAGGCGGCGGACGUUCCCAACAGCAAACCCCACAUAAUCGUUAUUCUAGCCGACGACCUGGGUUGGAAUGACGUUGGCUUCCAUGGCGGAAAUCAAAUUCCCACCCCCAAUAUUGACGCUCUAGCCUACAAUGGGCUCAUCCUAAACAACCACUACGUGCCGGCCCUUUGCACUCCAAGCAGGGCAUCCUUCCUCACUGGCAAACAUCCCGUCCACACAGGAAUGCAACACUUGGUUUUGUUAGAAAAUGAGCCGCGGGGACUUCCCCUGACCGAGAAACUCAUGUCCAACUAUCUUAAGGAUGAAGGUUACGUCACGAGGGCCAUCGGAAAGUGGCACCUCGGCUUUUUCAAAAACGAAUAUCUGCCCACCAACAGAGGCUUCGACUCGCACUACGGCUACUGGAAUGGCUAUCAGGACUACUACAAGCACGACACUUUGGCCACGUUUACUCCGCUGCGGGGCUACGACAUGCACCGCGACCUGGACACCGACUGGUCCUCCGUCGGCGAAUACUCAACGCGCCUCUUCACCCAAGAGGCCGUCAAGCAAAUCAGAGACCACGACACAAAAAUGCCCCUUUUCAUGUACUUGGCGCACCUGGCCCCGCACACUGGCAAUCCUGACCAGCCGUUCCAGGCUCCCAACGAAACGCUCGCAAGGUUUGCUCACAUCGGCGAUCCUGACCGGCGAAUGUAUGCAGCCAUGGUUGCUGAGCUCGAUGACUCGGUCGGAGAGGUGAUUCAAGCCUUGCGCAAAAGGUCAAUGCUCUCAAAUUCGAUUGUGCUGUUUCUCUCAGAUAAUGGUGCUCCGACUUACGGCAUCCACUCCAACAGGGGAUCAAAUUGGCCUUUGAGAGGUAUGAAGCAGUCACCAUGGGAGGGUGGCGUGCGUGGCGUGGCUGCCAUGUGGGCACCCUGGCUGAACCAAACGCGUCGCGUGGCCGACCAGAUGAUGCACAUGACCGACUGGUUGCCGACGCUGUUCUCGGCCGCCGGCCUUGACCCUUCGACCCUUCGUGACAAGGGCCUCGACGGCUACGAUCUGUGGCCGGCGCUCAGCCUCAACACGACGUCGCCGCGCACCGAGGUGCUGCACAACAUCGACGAGGUCGACCAGUACGCAGCCCUGACUAAGGGUGACUGGAAGUACAUUACAGGUACAACAAUGCGCGGUCGCAUCGAUUCGUGGUACGGUGAGACCUCACGAGGCUACGGCGACCCUGAGUAUGACAUCGAAGGUGUCCUGGGUUCGAUGGCGGGCGCAGCAUUUGCAUCCGUGUCCGCCCCCAAACCACGACUCUCAGCUUUUGAGGCAAUCGAGGUUCGGGAACAGGCUGAAGUCAAGUGCGGCCCCCGACCUUCUGGGGCUGCAAACCUCAGAUGUAACCCCCUGAUUUCACCGUGUCUCUUCAACAUCAAGGUUGACCCUUGCGAGUUGGUUGACCUCGCAGCCGUUCAACCUAUCGUGGCCAUGGGUCUGUCGCAGGCACUCGAGCGCUGGAGAAGCACGGCCGUUCCUGCUGCAAACGUGCCUGUCGACAGUGCUGCAAACCCCAUAUUCUACAACAAUACGUGGGUGCCUUGGUUGGAUGUGAAACGCCAGAUAAUCUACGCCCCUAAGAUUCCUGAUCUCACAACCCUCGCAGCCAUACUGGGAGGAGUCUCCGUUGGUUUGAUAGCCACGGCGGCGAUCAUCACAAAAAUGUACCUUAGGAGUAAGAAGUGCGACAAAAGUUAAAUCACAGCGAAUUUCUUCCUAAGAAACUUUUAACUAAUUUCUUGACAAGUGCUAAAAUUCAAGUUUGUAACUUAUUUGCCGGCCAUAACGAAAAAUGAAUUUUGUCAUUUGGAUAUUUAUUGAAAAAUUGAAUGAUAUGUUUACGGAGGAUAUGUGAGAGCAGAAAGUCUCUAUAAGAAUGUGGCUUGCUUGAGUAUUUUUGUUGUGGAAUUAGUUUUUUUCAAUUAAUUUUAUUUUACGUCAAAAAAUACAACAUUGAAACUCAUUGUUAUAUUUAAGAUUUAGAUCAAUAAAUUAUUUUAUGCAUAAGA